AUGCGACUCACUCUGCCCCGACUUAACGCCGCCUACAUUGUAGGAGCCGCCCGAACUCCUGUCGGCAAGUUCAACGGAGCCCUCAAGUCCGUGUCUGCCAUUGACCUCGGUAUCACCGCUGCCAAGGCCGCUGUCCAGCGAUCCAAGGUCCCCGCCGACCAGAUUGACGAGUUUCUGUUUGGCCAGGUGCUGACCGCCAACUCCGGCCAGGCCCCCGCCCGACAGGUGGUUAUCAAGGGUGGUUUCCCCGAGUCCGUCGAGGCCACCACCAUCAACAAGGUGUGCUCUUCCGGCCUCAAGACCGUGGCUCUGGCUGCCCAGGCCAUCAAGGCCGGCGACCGAAACGUUAUCGUGGCCGGUGGAAUGGAGUCCAUGUCCAACACCCCCUACUACUCCGGUCGAGGUCUUGUUUUCGGCAACCAGAAGCUCGAGGACUCCAUCGUCAAGGACGGUCUCUGGGACCCCUACAACAACAUCCACAUGGGCAACUGCUGCGAGAACACCAACAAGCGAGACGGCAUCACCCGAGAGCAGCAGGACGAGUACGCCAUCGAGUCCUACCGACGGGCCAACGAGUCCAUCAAGAACGGCGCCUUCAAGGAUGAGAUUGUCCCCGUUGAGAUCAAGACCCGAAAGGGCACCGUGACUGUCUCCGAGGACGAGGAGCCCAAGGGAGCCAACGCCGAGAAGCUCAAGGGCCUCAAGCCUGUCUUUGACAAGCAGGGCUCCGUCACUGCCGGUAACGCCUCCCCCAUCAACGAUGGUGCUUCUGCCGUUGUCGUUGCCUCUGGCACCAAGGCCAAGGAGCUCGGUACCCCCGUGCUCGCCAAGAUUGUCUCUUACGCAGACGCCGCCACCGCCCCCAUUGACUUUACCAUUGCUCCCUCUCUGGCCAUUCCCGCCGCCCUCAAGAAGGCUGGCCUUACCAAGGACGACAUUGCCCUCUGGGAGAUCAACGAGGCCUUCUCCGGUGUCGCUCUCGCCAACCUCAUGCGACUCGGAAUUGACAAGUCCAAGGUCAACGUCAAGGGUGGAGCUGUUGCUCUCGGCCACCCCAUUGGUGCCUCCGGUAACCGAAUCUUUGUGACUUUGGUCAACGCCCUCAAGGAGGGCGAGUACGGAGUUGCCGCCAUCUGCAACGGUGGAGGAGCUUCCACCGCCAUCGUCAUCAAGAAGGUCUCUUCUGUCGAGUAG